AUGCCCAGCGGCCACGCUGCCUCACGGACCUUCCGUUCCGGCCCUCCCGCCUGUACGGCAUUGCUCGUCCAGGAUGGUUUCAUCCACCUCACCGCCGAUCCGGCCUUCCUGUUGGGCAUCGGCAACCACUUUUACCGGGACGUGCCCGGGGACUUCCUGCUGCUCGUCCUGGACCCAGCGAAACUAACCGCCAAGGUCGUCUUCGAGCCCGCGGCGGCUGUGGGUCAUAAGAGCUCGGAGGGACUGCCUGCGCCCCCGCAAACACAUCAGGCAGCGGCAACCCCGUACUCAUCCUCAUCUCCACCCUCGGAAAGAACCACCACCGCUGUGCCGCCGCCGUCAUCAUCGUCAUCACCGCCAGCAUCAUCAACAUCAUCAUUAGCAGCAGUAGCAGCAGCAGAGGCUGGGCAACGGGAGCCAAGCGCAACGGCAACAUCGUCUGCUGGUAUUCUGUUCCCUCAUCUGUACGGCACCAUCAACUACGAUGCCGUACAAUCCGAGCUUGCCAUCCAACGCGACACCGAAGGCCGCUUCGUCGACAUACCUGCCCUGCUCCCUCUGGGCCACGGAGGCCAUCAACCAAUCAUUAACGAAUGA